UUUAGGCCUGGAGAAGGAAAUAAAAAGAGACCAUGGAAGAAUCUGUGGAUGCUGCUGUAAACGAACACAAAAAGUACGCAUUUCACAGAAUCGCAGAAUGACAGGGGUUGGAAGGGACCUCCAGAUCAUUUUGUCAUAUCAGACGUUGCAAAUUAAGAUGGAUGACUAGCUAAUGUGCCAGUUAAAGUAAGAUAAAGUCCUCAAGUACGGCACAGCUUACUCGCUAUGAAGAAAAUUAAAUAUUGAAAUUCUAAAUGUGUUAAUGUUUCUUGCUAUCAGGAAAUUUUAAAAUUUGGUCUUCCUUCAUGUCUAGUAAAACUUUGUUCAGCAAGUCUCUAUUAAGAUGGCUUUGUUCUUGAUAAGCCUUGGCAGGUUCUGACUUGCCCUGUUAUUUCACUCUGUGCAAAAUGUAGGAGAGGAACACAAUGAUGCAUUGACUUGGUCGUAUUCAUAACACUUCAUCUCUGUAUUUAGAGAGUGGAGAUCAAAUGUCAAUUAGUUGUUUACAAAGACUAGGAUUUUUUGUAUAAUUAUUAUUACAGUAAAAUCUAAUAUUAUUCUCAUACCAUUCCCUAUAAAUUACUGUGAGGUUCAGAGGCAGCAGCCAAAAGAAUGGACAAAUCAAAGUUUGAGGAUGAUUCCUCUUCAUUGUAGCAUCAGUGAAUGGCCAUAGCUGAUUCAGCAGCUAGUGCACAGAACAUCUGCUCUCUGUCUCUAUAUUGAUUGCCAUGCUGUUAGCCAGAUUUGAGAUUUGAAAAGAGUUUCACCAUUCAGCAGAUUGACAUAAAUCUUUAAAGGCAUUUUUUAAGCCUUCUCAAAAGCUUGGGGUGCAGUUCAUCUUCUAAGUUUGUAUGGACUCAAUUCACACAAUCCAUUCCCUGUAGUUGCUGAAGCUCAGGCAUGGCUGGUGCUUUCAUCUCUACUUUUCACUGUCUGUGGCAUACAGCUUUGUCUUGUAAAAGCUGUGAUAAAAUUAAAAUCUUGAGCUUGAUGUUGGGAAUAUGGGUGAGUCCUGGUGACAUAUGUAACAUAGGAGGCAAGACGAGGUGAGUAAAUUUCCUGUGUUUAGACAAAACUAAGGAGCAUAGCAUUUUGUCCAGGUCAUGCCACAGAGCUCACGUUAGGAAUUCACGUUAGGAAUCUCCAUUACCUCCGAAGUGGGUAAAAUCCUGAUUUUAUUAAAAAUAUGACUGCAUUGUUUGCUUGUUGAGAGCUAAGAAAUUUUCAUGCUCUAUUACAAAACCAGAGAAAGCAGUCUUGAACUGAAACUUCUGAAGGCCAAAGUAAACACUGAGCAGACCCUCUGUAAGCUGUGCGAGGACUGCAGAUGUCAGCACUGGCAGCUCAUGCAGCUACGCAGAAAAGCAGGGCAAGCAACUUUUUUUUUCAAGUUCUUCCUUUCCACUGUUUAGAGUCUCCACAAAAUUCAUAGAAUAUUUGGUUUGAAAGAGGCAAAGGAUGGCAUCACUGGGAAAUCAGAAGUAUCAUUCUACUUCAUGGAUGUUAAAUUAGGAUUGAUUUUGAAGAAAAAAAAAAAGAAAACAUUUAGGAUGCGUUUUCACUGCAAAAUAUUUUGUAUAUUAAUUCACUCCCAGCUUGGCUGUUGCUAGAAAGUAUGCUAAGCACCAAAUUAAUGUUUGCAGUAACUAUUAAAAAAUCCAAUUGAGGGUUACAAAAAUUAAAGAAUUUUGAUAAGUUAAUGUUUACUUAAACCAAUAAUUUUUAUGAAGAUUUUUGGGAAAGCUACUUCCGAAUUAAAAUGUUGGUUCUCAGAAGUCAGAUUUUAUGAUAAAAGCAAUUAUUAAUAAUAUAAAUCAUAUAUUUUAACUCUAAUUUACUUUGAGAGGCAGAAAAAAUGCACAUAAGAAAUGCAGUGGGAAAUACAGGUUUCAUCUGAGACCUGUAAAAUUGCUUAUGUGCUUUUACAGAGCUGCCUAAGCAGAGCAGAGGCAAGACGAGAUGCUGCAAAAGUGGCUCUGAUCAACUCUCUCUUCAAUGAAUUGCCCUGUCGCAGAAUCACGAAGGAAUUCAUCAUGGAAAGCAUUCAGGAGGCUGUUUCUUCAACAAGCGGUAACCUAAAGGAUGCUGAUGACCCCAGCACUAGUAUUGGAGCUUAUCAUUACAUGCUAGAGUCAAACAUUGGAAAGACAAUGCUGGAAUUUCAGGAGCUGAUGAUUGUCUUUCAGCUUCUGCAUUGGAAUGGAAGCCUUAAAGCCCUACGGGAAACAAAGUGCUCCCGGCAGGAAGUAAUUUCCUACUACUCCCAGUGUUCCUUAGAUGAAAAGAUGAGAAGUCACAUGGCCCUGGACUGGAUUAUGAAGGAGCAAGAAUCUCCAGGAAUUAUUUCCCAAGAGCUGCAAGUGGCACUGAGGGAACUGGAAGAAGUCAGGAAAGCUGGGCAUGAACUGAGGUUCUACAAAGAAAAGAAAGAAAUACUGAGCUUAGCACUGAGUCAGAUCUACAGUGACCAAGUUACCACUUCCUCAUGGGAAAAUCAAAUGAGCUUGUCCCUACAUGGCUACCACUAGAUUUGAAGAAGAUGUUUUAACAUGCCAGGCUAGGUUAAAAAUACUCUCCAUGUAAGUUGUUAGCAUUCUUUUCCAUAGAUGUUUUAAUUUCUGUAUCUAAAAGCUAAUUUUUUUUUAAUUUUUUUUAAUUUUUAUUUUAGUGUCUAGAAAUAUUCUUCAGGUUAAGCAAGAAACAUUUGAUGUAGCACUAGUACUUAAAACCUAAAUGGAGAUAAAGCACAAAAGACAAAAGCUUUUAUGGUACUCUGAAGAUUGAAUUUGAUAUGGUAACCUGGAUAACCUGGAUUUUGUUUUCCACAUGAAAACUGCAUCUUCUUUGUUGAAGACAUAAAAAUUGUCUUCACAAACCUACAAACUACCAGCAGUAAAAUACAAAAAGGGUAGUUCAAACCUGCACUGGUGCCUGGUUACUCCCAGACUUCUUCACAGCAUGUGUUUCCUCCUAUCAGAUGCUACUGCUGAAGUUCAUUGUGUUUUUCAAAGGGUAUAAAGAACCUUCCAACCAAAAAAAACCUGCAGCGUUAAACAAGCUCUCCAGAUUCAAGGUGCUUUACCUCUGUUGCAGCCAACAAGAUUUCACAAAUCUGUGGGAACAUAAAGAUGAGCAGAAGUUAUUCACUGGCCAUCAGUAUUGGCUAACUGUGUGAUAAAAGUCUUCUAGUUAGACUUUAUAUACCUUUUCAAAGAGAAUUUACUUGCUUGCACUUCAACAAAUGCCUACUGAGGUUCAAGAUCUUUCCUUUCCCCUUGCUGACUGUCAGCACAAUUCCACUACUAGAAGCUACUGUCUGAAGAGGAAAGUAGGCAGCAUAAGCCUAAUGAGGCACACACUCAUAAUAACCAGCAUGCCAUUUUAGCUGAAUAUGACAACAGGAAGGUAUUAAAAUGCUGGUCAAUGAACUUGAACACACUCCUCCUAGUUCUGUUUCCUGGUAGUUUCUGCCAGAAGAAUGGACAUUUAGCAUAGCUGUAGUUUAAAUCAACUCAGUAACCUCAGUAGUAUCUCUUAGCAUCAGUACAGUUUGCUUUAAACAUAAUGUAUUUCUACAUAAGAGAGACACACAGUUCAGUUGGAGGAAAAGCAGGCUGGAGAAAAUUCAUUUUCAUUCUUUACAGAAGUGGAUAUCCAACAGUGUCACAUCUCAUAUAAAAAAGAGAGGAGAAUAGGUCAGCAGUAAUAACCGUGUUGCAAAACCAUGCACACCACUGCUAGACACAAUUUCCUGAUGUGGGGCACAGCCUUACUGCAGAGACAGACAACUGUGACCUGUAAAGAUUCUUGCACUGUAUAAGGAAAGAUGUGGGAUGGCUGUACAGUAUAGAUGCCCAGUACAGGGAGAGCCAAGCUGCCCUUAGAGCUUAGCUAUAGCAAGCAAAGCGAUUUGAAGAAUUAAUUACACAAAGUAUUCUGUUAAUGCUUGCUUGCAACACCAUAGUAGCUUUUAGAUGUUGUGGAUGAUAAGUGGGAUGUAGCAUUGUAGAAAGGGAAAUAUGUUGUAAGACUGUUCUGCUUUAACAAGGCAGAAGAAACAACAGAAAAAACUGCACCUGUUUAGUGGAGUCCUUAUAAGCCAGGAUCCACACAUACCAGGCAGAAUUUGCCUAAAAUGUGACAGACUGCAUCAAGACUUUGUCUUCUUACCUGUGUGUGAAGAGACUUUUCCAAUUAUCUUUGCAUUCCACAGUAAUCUUUGGGACAAAAGGAAUAUUUGGAGGAAGUAAAUGACACACCCCAAGGACAGACAAUGACAUUGAAGAUGGCCAAAUAAGGCCAUGUCUGUUAGUCAGUCACUGGGAGUAGAUAGGAUAAUGGAUUUGGGAAUGUAAGGGGUAUGUUAUUCAGGUGGAGCAUUCUUUGAGAGUUACCUGAUGCUACCCCAGCACUGCCAAUAAAGAAUACCUUGCUUAAUCAUAACAAACCUUUGCUGUUAAGUUUCUACACAUCAAUUUCUUCCAAUCAGCAGCUUGAGAAGAAAAAGAAGUAGCACAGAAUUUUGGAAAGCUGUGGUGAGAUUGUAAAUGAAGUACAACAGUUGUGGGUUUUGUCUAUUCGUUUUUUU